UUCCCCUCCCCCAUUCCUUCCUGGCAUUCCGCGCUGCGUCCUCUCGAGAAUUGACCAGGAGAGUCAUAGAGAGCCGGCUUCCCAGACGCUCUCCGCAGGGUGCUGGUGACGGAGGUGUGCCCGUGGCCGUGCAGUGAAGCGUGUCGACUUCUUCAAUCUCAUUGUAUCAUCGAACUGUGGCAUCGACUCGACAGCUUUAGGCACCCACCCUCACCACCAACAUGCCUGGCCACGUCAAGAAGAGCACGGGUCCCGACCCUGACCCCACCGAAUACCUUUUCGUCUCCAUGGAAAUGAAAAUGAAGGAUUCCACCAAACCUUACGAUCCCAAGAAGUCCUGCUGGAUUCCUGAUGCGAAGGAGGGUUACAUUGAGGGUGAAAUCCAAGGAACAAAGGAUAAUCUGGUAUCUGUAUUCGCUGCUGGUGAAACCAAGGAAUGGAAAAAAGAUCAAGUCCAUCAAGUCAACCCUCCAAAGUACGAAAAGUGCGAGGACAUGUCCAACCUGACGUACCUGAACGACCCCUCCGUCCUGUACAACCUGAAGACACGUUACGUUGCAAAGCUCAUCUACACCUACUCCGGUCUCUUCUGUAUUGUGGUGAAUCCCUACAAGCGCUACCCCAUCUACACCAACCGUACCGUCAAGAUCUACCAGGGCAAGAGACGUAAUGAAGUGCCUCCUCACCUGUUCGCCAUCUCUGACGGCGCUUAUAUGGACAUGUUGCAACUUGGUGAGAAUCAGUCCAUGUUGAUUACCGGUGAGUCCGGCGCUGGCAAGACUGAGAACACCAAGAAAGUACUCUCCUACUUCGCCAACGUCGGUGCCUCCACAGGCAAGAAGAAGGCUGGAGAAAAGGAAAAGCCUAACCUGGAGGACCAGAUCGUGCAGACCAACCCUGUACUGGAGGCCUUCGGUAACGCCAAGACCACCCGUAACGACAACUCCUCCCGCUUCGGUAAGUUCAUCCGUAUCCACUUCCAACCUAAUGGCAAGCUGUCUGGUGGUGACAUUGAGGUCUACCUGCUGGAGAAGGCUCGUGUCAUCUCCCAACAGCCUCUCGAGCGAUCCUACCAUAUCUUCUACGAGAUAAUGUCUGACCAGGUCAAGGAAAUCAAGCCCAUGUGUCUGCUCACCAACAACAUCCACGACUACCAUUACGUGUCUCAGGGCAAGGUCACCGUGCCUUCCAUUGACGACAAGGAAGACAUGCAGUUCUGUCACGAUGCUUUCGACAUUCUGGGCUUCACCAAAGAGGAAAUUCACAACGUGUACAAGGUCACUGCCUGCGUCAUGCACAUGGGUGAGAUGAAAUUCAAGCAAAGGGGUCGCGAGGAGCAGGCCGAGCCCGACGGCACUGAGGUUGGUGAGAGGCUCGGUACCUUGAUGGGAGUAGACUCCGUGGAUCUCUACAAGAACAUCACCAAACCCAAGAUUAAGGUCGGCAACGAGUUUGUGGCAAAGGGCAUGAACGUCAACCAGUGCAACUAUUCCAUCGGUGCUUUGGCCAAGAGUUUGUUUGAUCGUCUCUUCAAAUACCUGGUCGUAAUCUGUAAUAAGACUUUGGCCACUGGACAAAAACGAGCUACUUUCAUCGGUGUGCUCGACAUUGCUGGCUUUGAGAUUUUCGAAUACAACGGCUUCGAGCAGAUCUGCAUCAACUUCUGUAACGAGAAGCUGCAGCAGUUCUUCAACCACCACAUGUUCGUGCUGGAGCAGGAAGAGUACAAGAAGGAAGAGAUUGAUUGGGUGUUCGUGGACUUCGGUAUGGACUUGCAGGCUUGCAUUGACCUCUUCGAGAAGAAAAUGGGUCUGCUGUCCAUCCUGGAGGAAGAGUCUAUGUUCCCCAAGGCCACCGACAAAUCCUUUGCUGAGAAACUGAAUACAAACCAUCUCGGCAAGUCGAAUGUUUUCGUGAAGCCCAAACCUCCCAAGCCUGGUCAAGAGGAAUCCCACUUCGCUAUUGUUCACUACGCCGGCACUGUGAGCUACAACCUGAGUGGCUGGCUCGAGAAAAACAAGGAUCCUCUUAACGACACAGUGGUAGACCAGCUCAAGAAGGCUAGCAAUGACCUCCUGCCGAUUCUGUUUGCUGAUCACGCCGGACAGUCUGGCACACAGGAGCAAAGCGGUGGCAAGGGUAAAAAAUCUGGUGGCUUCAAAACUGUAUCAUCUGCAUACAGAGAGCAGCUCAACAACCUGAUGAGGACCCUGAACGCCACUCACCCUCACUUCAUCCGUUGCAUUGUGCCCAACGAGACCAAGUCCCCAGGCGUCAUCGAUGCUGGCUUAGUUAUGCACCAGCUGACUUGUAACGGUGUGCUUGAAGGUAUCCGUAUCUGUCGUAAAGGCUUCCCCAACAGGAUGCCUUAUCCGGACUUCAAGCAUCGUUACAAGAUCCUCGCAUCGCAAGAGAUGACCAACGAGCCUGAUGAUAAGAAAGCCGCCAAGAUUUGCUUUGAUAAGUCUGGUUUGGAUCCUGAAAGCUACAGGUUGGGGAAAACCAAGGUGUUCUUCCGCGCUGGUGUCUUGGGUAGCAUGGAGGAGUUGCGUGACGACCGCCUCGGGAAGAUUGUAGCUUGGCUUCAGGCCUGGAUGCGAGGCUUCAUCAGCCGCAUAGAAUAUAAAAGACUUCAGGAGCAGCGUGUCGCUCUGGUGGUGGUGCAACGUAACGUCAGGAAGUUCAUGGCACUGAAGUCCUGGCCGUGGUUUAAUUUGUGGCAGAAAGUUAAGCCUCUUCUUAAUCAGCCUCGUCUGGAAGACGAGAUUCGUAAGCUAAGAGAGAGAGCAGAAAAGGCUUGUGAAGAUCUGGAAAAUGAACUUAAACUCAAAGAAGAUCUGGAAGUCUCUAACGCUUCCCUUCUGGAAGAGAAGAACAAUCUUAUGGUUGAACUGGAAUCCAACAAAGGCAACAUGGCUGAGUUUUUGGAGCAACAGGCCAAGCUUCAGGCUCAGAAACACGAGCUGGAGGUUCAAGUAACAGACAUGUUAGAUCGUCUGACCAAGGAAGAGGAAGCCCGAAAGGAUGUCUUCAAUCAGAAGAAAACCAUUGAUAUGGAUUCUACUAGUCUGAAGAGAGACAUUGAAGACAUGGAAUUGACUCUCCAGAAACUUGAUCAAGAGAAGGCUGCUAAAGAUCAUCAAAUCCAUAACUUAACAGAAGAAAUCGCUCACCAAGAAGAGAUUAUUGCCAGGCUCAACAAAGAGAAGAAGCAGUUUCAAGAGAGUGGGCAAAGGCUAUCAGAGGAUUACCAGGGAAUAGAAGACAAGUGUGGUCAUCUGAACAAUAUUAAGAGCAAGCUCGAACAAACACUUGAUGAACUUGAAGACUCACUGGAGCGGGAGAAGAAGCUGCGCAGCGACGUGGAAAAGGCUAAGAGGAAGGUGGAAGGUGACCUUAAAUUAUGCCAAGAAAGUGUCUCUGACUUAGAACGUCACUACAAAGAUAUGGAGGGCAUCAUCCAACGAAAGGAUAAGGAGUAUGGUUCCCAGGCAACCAAGCUCGAGGAAGAGCAGGGCAUGUACUCCAAAAUCCAGAGGACCCUCAGGGAGCAGCAAUCUCGCAUCGAAGAGUUGGAAACUGAAGUAGAGCAUGAGCGUCAGGCUCGCUCCAAGGCGGAGAAGGGAAAAACCAAGCUGACACGUGAACUAACCGAAUUGAACGACCGCCUGGAAGAGGCCGGUGGAGCCACGAUUGCUCAAGUGGAGCUAAAUAAGAAACGUGAGGCGGAGCUUGCCAAGCUUCGUCGCGAUCUUGAGGAAACAAACAUUCAACACGAUUCAUCUCUUAACCUUAUCCGCAAGAAGCACAACGAUGCAGUGGCCGAAAUGUCAGAGCAGGUCGACCAUCUGAAUAAGAUGAAGAUCAGAAUCGAGAAGGAGAAAGACGCAUUGAAACGUGAGGCUGAAGAUGCUAAGUCCGCCCUUGAUGGUUUGUCUCGUGACAAGGCUUUGGGAGAGAAGCACAUCAAGCAAUUGCAUCUCAACAUGACUGAGGCCAACGCCAAAUUGGACGAGUCAACAAGAACCCUCAAUGAUUAUGACGCUGCGAAGAAAAAACUGGCUGUAGAGAAUGCAGACCUCUUGAGGCAACUUGAAGAGGCCGACAACCAGAUUAACAUGCUGGCCAAGGUCAAAUUCAAUCUUUCUAGCCAACUGGAAGAGUGCAAGAAGAUUGCAGAGGAUGAGGGCAAGGAGCGCGCCACCCUGCUGGGAAAAUAUCGCAAUCUGGAGCAUGACAUCGAUGGGCUCAGGGAGCAGCUGGAUGAGGAAAGUGAAGCAAAGGCUGACCUCCAGCGCCUAUAUUCCAAGGCUCAAAAUGAAUCUCAUAUGUGGCGCUCCAAAUACGAAACAGAAGGUGUGGCUCGCGCUGAGGAGCUCGAGAACGCUCGUAUGAAGCUCGCCGCUCGCCUCGAGGAAUCUGAAUCUCAAAUUGAACAACUAAACAUGAAGAAUCUAAACCUUCUGAAGACUAAGGACAAGCUCACUAUGGACCUUGAGGAAAUCCAGGUUAUUGUUGAGCGUGCUGAAAGCCAAGCGGCCGCUGCUGAAAAGAAGCAGAAGAACUUUGACCGGGUUAUUUCCGAAUGGAAGAUGAAGGUCGAUGACCUGUCUGGCGAACUGGAUGCUUCUCAGAAAGAGUGCCGUAACUACUCUACAGAACACUUCCGCAUGAAGGCUGCUUAUGAAGAAAACCUUGACCACCUUGAUUCAGUCCGCCGUGAAAACAAGGCUCUCACUGAUGAGAUCAAGGAUUUGAUGGACCAGAUCGGAGAGGGAGGCCGUUCAUACCACGACCUUCAGAAGAAUGCUAAGCGCCUUGAAAUCGAGAAGGAAGAGCUGCAAGCCGCCCUCGAGGAGGCCGAGACCGCACUGGAGCAGGAAGAAAACAAGGUUCUCCGCGGCCAGCUUGAGCUCAGUCAGGUGAAGCAAGAAAUCGAUCGUCGUAUCCAAGAAAAGGAAGAGGAAUUUGAUAACACAAGGAAGUGCCACAUCCGUGCCCUAGAAGCCAUGCAGGGAUCUCUCGAGGCUGAGGCCAAGUCUAAAGCCGAAGCUCUUCGCCUGAAGAAGAAGCUGGAAUCUGACAUCAACGAGUUGGAGAUCUCACUUGAUCACUCGAACAAAGCAUAUACCGAACUACAGCGUGGAUAUAAGAAAUGCCAGGGCGAGUUUAAGGAUUUCCAAGUUAAGUUUGAAGAAGAGCAGCGUUUGGCCUCAGAGUUACGCGAACAAUUCAGUAUUUCUGAGCGUCGCGCUAAUGGUCUUCAGAGCGAGUUGGAGGAAGCCAGGACUUUACUUGAACAGUCUGAUCGUGCCCGCCGCCAUGCUGAAUCUGAACUGGCGGACUGCCGCGAGCUCUUCGGCAACACAAAUAAUCAGUUUAACGCUUUGACCAUUUCCAAGAGGAAGCUUGACAGCGAGUGGCAAACCCUACAUGCUGAUUACGAUGAGAUGCUGAACGAGGCCAAGAACUCCGAGGAGAAGGCCAAGAAAGCCAUGGUGGACGCCGCCCGUCUAGCUGACGAACUUCGCGCCGAGCAGGAACACGGACAGACACAAGAGAAAUUACGUAAGGGUCUGGAAACCAGCGUGAAGGAAUUGCAACUGAAGCUUGAGGAUAGCGAAAAUUACGUCUCUAAGACAGGCAAGAAAGCUCUCGGCAAGCUGGAAACCCGCAUCCGAGAACUGGAAGGCCAACUGGACGAUGAAGCCCGCCGCCACUCCGACGCCCAGAAGAACCUGAGGAAGUGCGAGAGGCGCAUCAAGGAGCUCACUUUCCAGGCCGAAGAGGACAAGAAGAACCACGAGAGGAUGCAGGACCUUGUCGACAAACUCCAGCAGAAGAUCAAGACCUACAAGAGGCAGAUCGAGGAGGCUGAGGAGAUCGCCGCCCUCAACCUGGCCAAGUACCGCAAGGCCCAGCAGGAACUCGAGGAGGUGGUAAUCCAAGCAUAAUUUCCAAUCAUACACACAUAUAAAAGCAGAGGAAAUGAAAGGCUUGUAGAAAACUAUCGAUAAGCAUACUAAGACUCAAGCAUCCAUUCAUGUUAUGUGAGAUUACAUGAAGAAACGAAAUAAGUUACGUAUGUAGUCUGCUCUGUUUAGUAGGUAAAGUUUCAAAGCCUUUCGUACCUCCUUGUAAUAACCUACAGGUCAUCAUGUCACCCUGCACACAAACCGCACGCAACACAAAAAUAUUCUCGACUAUUGUUCUGAAAUGAAACAAAAAUAAAGGAUUGGACAUAG